AUGUUGAAGAAAACUUAUGCUGAUCCACAGAAAAUAACCUCAUCUCUAAUUUGUCAAGUAGCAGGCCUGCCUAAGCCUUCUGCAGAUCUGGAUUCACUACAUGGCUUCCGGGCUAAACUUGAACAAUAUGUUAGAGGCAUAGAAAGAAACAAAUCUAAUUCGGAUCACUGUAGUACCUGGAUACUUGGUCCUUUAGUUUUCCAAAAACUACCUGGGAAGGUGAAAGAACAAAUCCAAAACAAGUGUGGAUGGGACUAUCCCUCACUCCUAGAUAUAAGAGAGGGGCUAGGAAUGAUAAUCCUGACCUUGUCUUCUUCAGAUUUUGAACCCAGGGAUAAGAAUAAGGAUUACUCCCAUAGAAAACCCAAGCCUAACCAAAGUUCUAAUAGACCAGGUAAUCGGAUCAAAACUCAGGUUAGUUCUUACACCCCUAAGAAACAUGAUGUUACGAAUCUGAGUAUUUCUGUCACUCAAGGUCAGCCUAAUAAGACAGCUAGAACCCAAAGUUGUGUAUUCUGUGAUAGACCAGAACAUAAAGCCUACCAGUGUGACAAUUACAAGACCACGCAAGAGCGCAUUUCAAGACUUACCGCACAAAAUCGUUGCGUGAAAUGCACUUCACCCAACCAUAAGACAACAGAUUGUCUUGUAAAGUUCCAGAAAUGUCUGUCAUGUAAAACUGGACUGCACCAUUCAGCAUUGUGCUCUGAUUCCUCAACUGAAGUCUCUGCUGUGAACUAUUGUGGAGACAAUGACAGUGACAAAGACUAA